CUCUCGCUAGAGUGCUGGAGCUUCUUCUUCUUGUGUUGAUGGUGAGAGAGGUGAGAUUCGUGAGAAUGAGGUCUUCAAUAUUUUUCUUAGUGGUUUUUGUGAUUUUGGUUGAGAAUGGAGAAAGUUCAUUGGAUAAUCAUGUGUAUGGUUUUGGAGAUCAUGUACCUUUGUUUGCAAAUAAGAUUGGUCCAUUGAAUAAUCCCAGUGAGACAUACCAGUUCUUCGACUUGCCGUUCUGCAGUCCAGAUACCAUUAUCCCACAGAAGGAGUCUCUUGGGGAGGUGUUAAAUGGUGAUCGUUUGACCAACUCCCCAUAUGAACUGAGGUUUAGGGAGAACAAAGAUAUGGUUACCCUUUGCAAGAAGCGACUUACAAGAUAUGAUGUCUCCCAGUUUAGGGAUGUCAUCAAGAAUGAAUUUUAUUUCCAGAUGUAUUAUGACGAUCUUCCGUUGUGGGCGUUUAUAGGGAAAGUUGAAGAACAGUCAUGGAUCUCUAAUGUUACAGGACCCCGGUAUUAUCUUUUUAAACAUGUUGAUUUUGAUGUUCUUUACAAUGAGAACCAAGUAAUAGAAGUGCGUGCUUUCAGUAACCCAAAUUAUGUUGUGGAUAUAACUGGCAAUGUGGAAACUGAAGUUCAGUUCACUUAUUCAGUUUUGUGGAAUGCAACAUCAAAACAGUUUCGGAACCGGAUGGACAAGUAUUCACGAUCUUCGUUACUUCCAGAGCACUUACAGGUUCAUUGGUUCUCAGUCAUUAAUUCAGUUGCUAUUGUGGCACUCUUAACAGGGUUUCUUCUUACACUGUUUUUGCGGACCCUCAAGAAUGAUAUUAUGAGAUAUUCUGGGGGAGAUGAAGAAGCAGACAUGGAGGAAGUUGGCUGGAAGCACCUUCACGGGGAUGUGUUUAGAUAUCCUCCACGUGCAUCCUUGUUAUGUGCAAUCCUAGGGUCUGGUACACAGCUUUUGACCCUUGUUUUCUUCAUUUUCAUUCUGGCGUUUGUUGGUGUUCUUUAUCCUUUCGCCCAUGGAGCGCUCUUUUCUUCACUUGUUGUGAUUUAUGCUCUCACAGCUGUGGUUGCUGGGCACACUGCUGCUUCAUUUCACUCUCAGCUGGCAGGAGCAGAAUGGACAAGAAGUGUUCUUUUGACAGGCAUCUUAUUCCUUGGUCCUGUGCUUGUGAUCUUCUCUAUCCUGAAUACAGUUGCCAUAUCUUAUAGGGCCACAUCUGCGCUUCCGUUUGGCACCAUGGUGGUCAUUUUUCUAAUAUGGGCCCUCAUCACAAUUCCCUUGCUCAUCUUGGGAGGAAUCAUUGGGUAUACUUUCAGAUCUGAAUUCCAAGCACCUUGUGCUACAAAGAGAGUGCCGUCAGAAAUCCCUCAAUUAGUAUGGUACAGGAGGGCCCCUGCACAAAUGUUUCUAGGAGGUCUCCUACCAUUUAGUGCUAUCUUCAUCGAGUUGCACUACAUAUUUACAAGCUUGUGGGGCCAUAAGAUCUACACCAUACACAGCACUCUAUUCAUCACAUUCAUAAUCCUCAUCAUCCUCACUGGAAUCUUGACUGCUGGACUGACAUACUUUCAACUUUCUGCGGAGGACCAUACAUGGUGGUGGAGAUCUGUUUUUUGUGGGGGUUCUGCUUCAAUAUUCAUGUACUGUUAUAGCAUUUACUUCUAUAACCAGUCAAGCAUGAGUGGCUUCUUGCAAUUCUCCUUCUUUUUCGGCUACAAUGCUUGUAUAUCCUAUGCUUUCUUCCUGAUUCUUGGUACCGUCGGUUUCCGUGCUUCAUUGCUGUUUGUUCGCCAUAUUUACCAUGCAGUCAAGCUGGAGUAGUCGUUCCUCUGCAAGUUCUUAUGGCACUGAACCAAAUUCCUGACUUAUAAUCCUCCAUUGCAACAACCAAAUAGUUAACCCUUUUAGGUGGAGCCACAUACAAAUCUUAUUGAAUAUCUACAUAUUUCAUUUCAGUUUUAUAAGAUAUAACAAGUGGCCGCCUUAAAAAAGAAAAAAAUUUGAACUGUUGUUGAUAUUUUUACUUAAAUAGCAUCCAACAAUUUUCA